AUGGAAGCCAAUACAGCAACCAAGGGCAAUGAAAAACUUUUACGGUUUUCACAGGGGGUGAUAUUAGAAGAAGGAAGAAAUAUAGUAAAUGUAGAUAGUAGCAAAUAUUUAAGGAAAUAUAAAUGGUGGGAAGGAUUUACAAAACCCAAAGAUGCCUUUAAUCCUCAAAAAACAAAAGGAUUUUUAAUUUUAAAAUUACAUUUACAUGAAUAUUUAAAUAAAAUAUCCUCUUUUCGAUCUAACAACAACGAUGAGUUAAUGUAUCCUUAUUUAAAAAUAUUAUUAAACAAUGUGGAAGUUUAUAGGUCACGAAUUUUAGAUAAUAAUUUAAAGACAUGGGAUGAAAAAUUAUAUUUGGAAAUUCAUUAUAUUAAAAGUAAGGUUGAAAUACAAUUAUAUGAUAUGGAUGAGACAGAGGAAAUAGUUGAAGACGAAUAUGUUGGUAGUGCAUUAAUUGAUUUAACAUAUUUAAAAGUAUCAAAAGAAUAUGAUAUGACCAUAAAAUAUAUAAAUAAAACCGCAAAAAUAAUAAAUACCCAUGUUUAUAAAAAGGACAUAUCAAAUUGUACUAAUAUGAGUAAAGGAAAUGAAAAAGUUAACCCUGAAAAAAAUGAUUUUAAUAAUAAUACCAUUAAUAGUUUGAAAAAAACAUCUAAAGAACCUAAUGAAUAUAAUGUUCGUGUAGUUGCAAAAUUAAUGAAUAAAAAAAAAUACAAUGUUUUUAGUUAUAUAUUAAAUUCAAUGUCAUCAUUAAAUUAUCGAUGCAUAAGUAAAACACGAGGGAUAUUAGACGUCGAAUUAAAUGUAAAUAAGUUGUAUGAAGAAUUAAAAGUUAUUAAAUUCAAUGCAGAUACAAUUUGGAUACCUUUUUAUUCUAUAAUAUGCAAUUUUACUUCAUGGAAAACACCCGUAUAUUCAGUAUUUUUUGUUAUAUUUUUUUUACUAUCAUUUAUAUUUUCCAAAUUAUUUAUCUCAUUUUUUUUAUUAGUUUUAAGUUUAAUACUUUUUAUUUUAGUAUCAAUUGUUAGAGAAAGUUAUAAAUUAAGAAGGGAACAAAAUUAUAAGGGUAUAAAAAACUAUGCCCAAAGAAGAAACAAAUAUUGUUUUAUGCGCAUUUUGAAACAAAAGCAAAUUGGUCAGUUUAAAUUAUCUAAUGAAAAACAUACACAUAAUGGAAAUUUAAGUACUUGUGAUAGUAUAUCGAGUGAAAGCAUAAGUAGUGAUACUAAAAGUUAUAGUUGUGAUAGUUCGAUUAGUGACAGUGAAAGUUGUAGCAAUGAUAGUUGUGGCAGCUCAAACAGUAAUAGUAUUGACAGUAAUGAAGAAAAUGGAAGUGUUAAAAGUUUUUUUGUAGAAAAAAGAAACACCGACGAAUCUGGUGAAGGUUUUGAUUCGAAAAGCUGUAAUGAAUCAAGUGACUUGAACAAGAACAUGAAAAUUAAUAAUGUAGGGAAAAAGGACAAAGAAAAAGAUAAAUUAAAUGAUGAAAAAAAAAAUAAUAAUAAUAGCCAACUCAGUAGUAAACAAAGUAGCAAUGAUACAUAUGAUUCUACAAGUAGUGCAUCUACUUAUACAGAUGAUGACAAUGAUGAUGAUACAAAAAAAGAAUGUAAUGAUAAUAGUGAUAAUAAUAAUAAUCCAAAUAAACAUUCAGAAAAUAAUUUACAAAUUAUUAAAACAUUUAUUUCUAAUCUAAUUGAUGAAGAUAUUAUAAAUAAUAUAAAAUAUUUUCAUUAUAUGGUUCAUCGUUUUUCUAUAUGGUCAAAUACAUUUUAUUAUAUUCUAAGAAAAUUUGCUAACCAUAUUAUGGCAAAAAAAAACUGCCUAACAAAUGGUGGUAUAUGA